AUGGAUGAGUCCGGCAUCGAUAUGGGAUACGAUCUCGCAUCCCUUCUCACGAAUGAUUUUAAUAUUGACCAGAAGAUCUUAGAAGAAAUGACUACCGGUCAGCCUCAACAGGAUUUCAUGUUCUACGAGCUGAAAUCGAAAGCCGUCCCAGUAACUGAAAGUAAGAGUUUAGUACGACAAGCGCAGAAGUCAGACUACUUGUCCACAAUGAUGAGAAAAUCGGAGACAAAUUUCUACCCUGUACAAUGA